GGGAAAAGGAAGAGGCGGAGGGGGGCGAUCCCAGAAGAUGGCGGAGGCGGGGGAUUUCUGGUAGGUCCUGUUUUAGGACAAGAUGCUGUACUGUUGAAACGCCAGUCUAAUUUGAUUCACAGACAAUUGGCUUUUCUGCUGGGAAACCAAUUUUUUUUUUUUUUUGGCUGGCUUACUGAACUUAUGAAACCAUGGCAGAAGGAAAGACAGAGUCACCUGGGCCCAAAAAGCAUGGCCCCUAUAUCUCAUCUGUGACUAGCCGGAGUGUGAAUUUGAUGAUUCGAGGAGUAGUGCUAUUUUUUAUUGGAGUAUUUCUUGCAUUAGUGUUAAAUUUACUUCAGAUUCAGAGAAACGUGACACUCUUUCCACCUGAUGUGAUUGCAAGCAUCUUUUCUUCAGCAUGGUGGGUACCACCGUGUUGUGGCACAGCUUCAGCUGUGAUUGGGUUGUUGUACCCCUGCAUUGACAGGCAUCUAGGAGAACCACAUGACUUUAAGAGAGAGUGGUCAAGCGUAAUGCGGUGUGUGGCCGUCUUUGUCGGCAUAAACCAUGCCAGCGCUAAAGUGGAUUUUGAUAACAACAUACAGUUGUCUCUUACACUGGCUGCACUGUCCAUUGGACUGUGGUGGACUUUUGAUAGAUCUAGAACUGGCUUUGGCCUUGGAGUAGGAAUUGCUUUCUUGGCAACGUUGGUCACACAACUGCUAGUCUACAAUGGUGUUUAUCAAUAUACAUCUCCAGAUUUUCUCUAUGUUCGUUCUUGGUUACCUUGUAUAUUUUUUGCUGGAGGCAUAACAAUGGGAAACAUUGGCAGACAACUGGCGAUGUAUGAAUGUAAAGUUAUCGCAGAAAAAUCUCACCAGGAAUGAAGAAAGCAAAAAUAUAUUUUUUGUACA